UUGCUGGCGCGUCUCGCGCAACCUCAGUGGCCUGGAGCCGGCCUCCCCGGCCCCCACCGCCGCCCCCGCCGCCAUCACCACCACUGUCACCUCCGCCGCGGCCUCCUCGGGACCCUCCUCCUUUACGGCCCCCUUCGCCACCUCUACAUACCCUAGGCCUUCCGUCCUGGAGAAGAAGCUCUAAUCGGUCUCCCCGUGGGCCCCGGGGUGCAGCCAUGGCGGACGGCGGCGGAGCGGGCCAGGCCUCGGCCAGUGGGGGCGGCGGUCCCAUCAACCUGGCCUCGCUGCCCCCUGGCGACCCUCAGCUCAUCGCCCUCGUCGUGGAGCAGCUCAAGAGCCGGGGCCUUUUUGACAGCUUCCGCCAGGACUGCCCGGCCGACGUGGACACCAAGCUAGCUUACCAAAACCCGAGCCAGAAAGUGGAUAAUUUGGUGCCAGCACAUCUGGACCAGCGGGAAUGGAAUCCUGCAGUGAACAAAAAUCAGCUCUGCCAUGGUCCGAGGCAGAGUGUGGUUCAGUCAGGGAUGUUGGAAACUGGAGUAGACAGGAUUAUUACUCAGGUGGUGGAUCCGAAACUAAACCACAUCUUCAGGCCACAAAUAGAACGAGCAAUUCAUGAGUACCUGGCGGCCCAGAUAAAAGCAGCUGUGCCAGCAACCCCUCCAGAGCCUGAAGGCCCGGACCCUCCAGCUCCAUCUCAGUAUAAUUUCUAAGAAUAGGCCUGACACCUUUUGAAAGCUCUGUUUAAUUUUUGGUGAAGAAAUGGAUUCGGUUACAUAAGAAUGCAAUUUCAGACUGAAGAUAGGCCAAGGUCAUCACUGAGCUCAAGAUCCCCGUCUCGACCAUGGGCAGUGACCAGAUUGAAAGGGGAGAAAGUUUGGUGGGGAAGUUGACCUCGUCGCCCCUGCAUUGUGCGGCCAUUUGACCAUCCUGUCCAAGGGCAUGACACCAAGUAGACAGUCAGAUAGAGAAACACUGCAGCAACCUAGGGUUGUCCUGAAACAGACUUUUAUACUUGAACAUGGAGACUGCACAGGGACAUUAGGGUUUGUGCCCUGGGAUAAAGGAAAGCUACAGCGAGAGAACAUAACCAAUUCCAAAGACAAUUUCAAAGAACAAUGACAGUAAAGGUUAACGGAGUAGUAUUUGACAGUACUUAUUUGAUAUCAUCUCUCAGAGUUGCAAACAGAUUGUACACGAUGUUAGCAUCAGAUAGCUUUAAAGUUGUGGCCUUCUUGUCUGUGAAUCCUCAGCCAGUUUCCUUUCCUCUGCGAGAGGUAACAAAACAUGAAACCCCAGAAUGAGUGAGAAGUUUUGAGAAGUUCAGGCAUUAGGUAUGAGGAAACUCAUUUGCAGACUCUCUGUCCAAGGCUGCUUCCAUCUUGCAGAGGCUAGUGAGUCUUGAGUGUGUUUAUGUUACUGUCACGUUUGUGUUUUUUUAGAAAAAUGGAUGAUCAAUAAAUGGCUUAUCUUUCAAC